AUGGUGAACCGAUGUAACAUUGAGGCGCAUGAAAGGCAUCGCUGUAACAAAAGACCUUCUAAAUGCAGAUACAACUUUGCGGGGUGUGACUGGAAGGGACCCUUAGAUAAGCUGGACACGCACACUAAAGCUUGCAAAUACAAAUUUGCUACCUGCGAAUCAGCCAAAGAAGAAAUUGAAAAAUCCAUCGACGUUCAGGGGCACCAGGCCCGCGUGAAAGAUAACAUUCUCAGCCUGUUUGCGUUUGACAGCGUUAUCUACACAGGAGACUCGCAAUCCUGCACCCGCCAAAUAAGCUUCUCCUUAUCGCUACGAGUAAAACCUCAGUAUCCACGAGACAUUCAACUCUUCGUCACAAGAGCUCCGGGAAGUGAUUUCCAGCUGGAUCACGUGACAUACUUGCAUCGCUUCACAAAGGAUAUCUCCUCAACGCCAUUGUUCACCUUGCCCCUCAAAUCUGCGGCAGAAGUCAACAGAUUUAUUUCUUCAAAGUCGGUGAACCUUCGCGUCUACAUGUUCGAAAUGAACGAGCUGAACGAUACACGACGAAACAACGGUCAGGUAAACCGGGAUCCACGCGGCAGCUGGUAA